AUGGGCCUAGAUGCUCCGGUUUCUGAUUGGGCCAUGGUCUGCUCCAAGCCCAAUUAUGUUCCAUACACCGAGCAGCUAAGCCCGACUCGUUUCCACCCCCAGAAACCCGGUAGCAACAGAAUCCCUUUCCUUCUCUCCGCCGGCGAUAUCGCGCUCGGAGACUCGCCCGUCGGCAAGAAAGAUGUUGAGAUUAUCAUCGAAGAGUCUCGCUGCGAAUCUCUCCGCUCUCCGUCGUCUCCAGUCUUAUACUCCUCAUGGAUUGGUAGUUCUAGGUUAGGUUUUGAUGGUUUAGAAAUGCUGUUUGUUGAUUGUCAGACUGCUAAGGAGAACUUCGAGCUGGCGUUGGAGGCUGAUAAUUCCAAUACGCAUGCUAGAUAUUGGCUGUCUAAGUUGCAUAUGAAGUAUCAUGUUCCUGGUGCUUGUAAAGCUAUAGGAGCUGCUUUGUUAGUGGAAGCUGCAGAGAUGGGUGAUCCAGAUGCUCAAUAUGACUUGGGUUGUCACCUGCGAGUGGAGAAUGACUGGGUUCAAUCGGAUCAACAAGCUUUCUUUUAUUUGGAGAAGGCCGUGGACCAGUUACAUCCAGGCGCUUUAUACCUCCUAGGUGCUGUGUAUUUGACUGGAGAUUGUGUGAAGAAAGAUGUUGCCUCAGCUAUUUGGUGUUUUCAUCGAGCAUCAGAGAAGGGACAUGCUGGUGCAGCAAUAGCAUAUGGAUCUCUACUUCUUAGAGGCGAACAAGUACCAGAAGCUAUCACAAGACUACAAGUGAAACGAGGAACCCCGGGCAGGAGAGCGAAGACCAAGGAAAGCUCCUCAACGGACCCAGUAGAGCUGGCGAAACAACAGUUCGAAGCAGCAGCAAAUGCAGGUUGUGAUCUCGGGCUGAAAUGGCUGCAGCGACUGGAGGAAGCGGAGGAACGCCUACUUGCCGAAACUACCUCCCCCGAAGCAGUUGCCACCGCGUGAGGAAGAACCACCACCAUGUCCAAUAUCAAAGCAAGAUGUUUUUGUAAGAGCCUGUAAUAGGAAAAAUAUGCAAGCCUCCCCAUGAAUGUGAUUCAUCCUGAAAAUCAGAGAGACAAAGGAGACUAGGAGAGCGGGGGGUGGUUUGAGCCUACUUUCACUAUUAUGGCUCUCCACUUCACUGCUUUAAUGCACAGAGUUAUGGUCUUGAUGUAAAAGUUUUGGGUGUGUAAAAAGCUAGUUCUAUGUUUGGCUGGGUACAAUGUCCAAUGUUGGUACCAAAAUAAGAAAAAAGGGGUUUGAUGGGAAACUACCCUGGCAGAGGCAGACUGGCUGCUUUUGAUACUGAAGCCAUCCUGACAUGUUUCUUUCACAGGACGAGACAUAUGGGAUGGGCAGAAGGACGUAGGCAUGAGUUGAGCACAACCCUAUUUGCCUAUUGAAGAGAGGAUGUCAUGUCUAUGCUCCUUUGGUGGCUUCUCCCAAGUCCUACCUUCUCUUUUUUUUUUUUUUUUUUUUUUUGUAUUUAUGUCAAUGGC